AUGUACCCAGCUCCAAUCUGCGGUCAAAUCAACGAUAUUCAUACACAGAUAUUGGAAAAGGAGGUGGCCCUAGGUGAAAGAGAUUUUAGUCUUACACUCAAUAUUACAUUCGAUCCUAUUGUGCGAGAAAAUGAAUUGCCAACUAUCUACUAUAAGGCGUUUUAUGGAGAAGCACAGCCAUAUCCAAGAAAGGAAGAGGUACAUAUACGGCUGAUGGCGAAAUAUUUCCGUAUUAUCCUUCAUUCAAUGUCACUUCCUCCAAAUUUCUUCAGGAGGCGAUUGUAG